AUGAGCCAAUACAUUGUAUUUGCAUUACUGUUAUCCUGCAUAUCCAUUUAUGCAACUACUGCAGCUAUUUUCGAUGCAAAAUUUACUAAACCCUAUGUUCUAAAGAAAACGUGGGUGGAAAAUUUUGUUAAGUUCCAGUACAUUUUCGAAGGGAGAAAUGCCACUGCAAAGAUUGUUCCAGUAGGAUGUGUACCUUCAAAUCAGGAUGAUGGUGAAGUAUUAAAAGUUGGAGGUACAUUCGCCGAUAAGGACUUCGAAUUUGCUUGUCAACAAAGCGAGGAUGGUGUUUUGAGCUACGAAGCUGUUGCUUGCGUUGACGCACACGGAAAACGAAUGCAGCUGGGAGAAAUGCGAAAAUUGGCGAAUGGUACCGUAAUCCUACAUUGCAACCUUUACGGUGGAGCAUUGAAAAAAGUAGUGGAACGAGCUGCUGGAUGUUAUUAUAAUGAAACCAUCUAUGGAGAGGAUGAGAAGUGGAUUGAGCCAUUGAUAGACGACAAGUCGAUGAGGAGAUAUAAAAAAGUGAAGCCAAUCAAAGCGAAGCUGUCUGGGAACACUUCGGAGCUGACUGGUCGAUUGAUGGAGUGUUUCCGUCCUCAUUACAGCUACUAUGAAAGCCAUUUGAUUGGUUGCGCUGUUGGCAACAUUGGUAUACGCUUCGAAGAGACUAUGGAAUUGGGUAAUGGUAAAAUUCUGAGAUGUGUACAAGAUGAAGAGGGAGUUAUCAAGCUAGUUAAUGUGGAAUUAGAUGAAUUAUCUUGCAAACUCGAUAAUCAAACCUAUGCCCAUCUUGCAAAAUGGAAGGACGAGGGCAGAGCGGCUGAAAUGCAGUGUAGUUACGGACAUUUGAAGAAAACUGGCUGCAUUAUGAGUGGCAAAUCCUACGGUAUUGGUCAAGAGGUGCAACUUACGAAUGGUUGUAUCUUCCUGUGUCAUCCGCAGUCAAAUGUGUACAUUUGUGAUCAGCAUAUUGGGAACUGGACAGUUGAAGAAACUAAGAACCAAACAUCAUCAUGGAUCAGUAGCGCAUUGAUCAAGUAA